AAUGGAGUAUUCGAAUAUUUCAUCAGAAUUCAUAUGGAUUUAAAUUCUCGUAACCGGCAAAUGGGCUCGACCUCAAACAAAAUAUAUUUCAUACAAGACUCGUUGUUUGCCGAUACGGUACGCCGCGUUAUUACUACAAAUACCCAUUGUAGGGUAUCACAUUGAUAGACGAGUAUCUAGAUACAUUGGCGUAAAUGCGUGAUCAAUCAUUAACAAUAUUUUAGCAGAUGUACUCUCAUAAAACUCAGUUGACUUCUUUACAAACAGCUAAUAAUAAUACAGUAAGUCUUGUAGUUGAGGAGGUUUACCGAUUUGGCAAUGAUUAGAAUGUCUGCAAACGCAUCAGUUUCAACUUUGAUAAUGACAAGAUAGUUUUUUGUAGUUGUAAACCAAAGUAGUCAUUAUUCCUUAUUUAAUAUUGUUAUAUAGAAUCGUAAAAUAUUGCUUGUUAUAAAGAAUCGUAAAAUUGACGUCAUACGUUUAAAUUACUCUCGUUCCAGUGUAAUUCUCACAUUACCUUUGUUCUAGUGAAAGCUAACUCGCUAAACUCGUCCACUCGUUCAACACAAAAGUACGCGAAAUGCUUCAAUAUUAUUAUCGGGAUAACCGGAGGUUACGUCCGACGUCUCAAGUUAAAUGCCGCCCGUGAGAUGCUUGAGAGAAUCAGGCCGGAGGGAUAUAUAUAAUUUUUUUUUUACCCAUUGUGUUUGAGUUGAGGUAUAUAUAUAUAUUUCUUUUACUCUCAUUUUCGCAACGCAAAGCGUCAUGUUUUAUAGAAUAUUUAAACCUUUUUCUAUAAAUCAACUCUUCUAUGACUAAGGUGUUAGCAUCUGUAAGACCGAUUUUGUUUUUGGUCCAAACGGUCAAAACCUCCCGAUGUGUUGGUAUAAGAACGAUAUCCUCGGAAUUUCGACCAGAACCAUGCCAAAGUGAAAAGUUGACUGAUAUUGGAACACGAAGAAUAUUUCAGAGUGAGCAUGAUAUAUUUCGAUCAACUGUGCGAAAAUUUUUUCAAGACCACGUUGUUCCGUUUCAUUCUCAAUGGGAAGAAGAUGGAGAAAUAGAUCGAGAAUGCUGGAUUAAAGCUGGUGAGGCAGGUAUAUUGGGCGUGAGCACUCCUUUGGAAAAAGGCGGCUUAGGCGGGGACUGGCUUUCUGCGGCCAUCAUACAAGAGGAGCAAUAUUAUUGUAACUGCCCGGGUCCUGGUUUUGGAAUGCAUUCGGAAAUUGCAAUGCCGUACAUUGCCAAUCAUGGCACUCCUGAACAAAUUCAAAAAUAUAUACCCGAUAUGACUGCAGGGAGAAAAAUAGGUGCAGUUGCCAUGACCGAACCCAGUGCUGGGAGUGAUCUACAAGGCAUAAAAACAACAGCGACCAAAGACGACAAAGGAUGGAUUCUCAAUGGUAGUAAAACUUUUAUCACAAAUGGGAUACAAUCAGAUAUUAUUGUUGUGGUUGCAUUGACGAAUAAAAAAGCUAAAUCGGCAGCUCAUGGACUAAGUUUGGUUCUGGUUGACCGAGAUACUCCAGGAUUCACCCGAGGUAAAAAACUUAAAAAAAUGGGAUUCAAAGCACAAGACACGGCUGAACUGUUUUUUGAUGAUUGUAGACUUCCAGAAGACGCGAUUCUAGGAGGGGAAUCGGGAUUAAAUAAAGGGUUUUUCAUGUUGAUGCAGGAGUUACCGCAAGAACGACUAGGAAUCGCAAAUUUUUCUAUGUCCGCAUGUGAGUUUAUGUUUGAAGAAACGAGAGAAUAUGUCAAACAACGAAAGGCCUUUGGGAAUCGCAUUGCAGAUUUGCAAACAAUUCAACACAACUUGGCGGAAUUGAAAACUGAAAUUAGUGUUGCACGGGCAUUCAUAGAUCGUUGUAACGAGCUCCACAAUGUCGGGAAGUUGGAUUCUUCUACUGCGUCAAUGGCAAAGUAUUGGGCAACUGAUCUGAAUAACAAAUCAGCGUACAGAUUCCAGCAAAUGUUUGGUGGUGCCGGAUACAUGUGGGAAUAUCCGAUCGCAAGAGCCUACGUCGACGCGCGCCUACAAUCGAUAUAUGGAGGAAGUAAUGAAAUUAUGAAAGAACUAAUUGCAAGACAAAUUGUAAAAGACUGAUGAUUGAAUACAGACAGUACUUAUCUGCCUCAUUUUUAUUAAUCGUGAAAAAAUGAACCAUUAUAUAUUAUUAGUUGAAAGAGGGCAAGACCUUAUCUGAUUUAACUAACAACAAACCAGAUUCAAAUAUAUGUCUGGAACUAAGUUUCCAAAAUAUUUGUCUUGACACGAUCCUGAUACAAACAGUUUGCUAGAGGCCUAAAUCGCCGUCUCUUUACAGUUGUGAUGCCGAUCUUUUAAUAAUUAUAUAUAUGAUAAGUUAUACAUCUGUACUUUUCUUCAAUCCAAUAAAUAUUAUAUAUCCCUGAAUUAAAAAUAUUUUCCGGAAUACUUUUCAUGGCUAGCCAGAAAGCAGCGUUUGGAAUACACUCAAUGCAAUAUCAAGCUGCUUUCCAAACGACGAAAAAUCGGCGCAGCUCAUCGUGGUGUAAAUUUCCAAUCAGAGCCCUGCAUGUUUUCUUGAACUUAAAAUUUACAGGUUUCCAAAACUACAAAAGCGAUCGCACUCAUGAGUGCAAAGAACGUUAAUUUCUUCAAACUUAGUCCACGUCAUGCAUAAAUAAUUUUUAUACAUAAAGAUGAGUUGCUUGUUCUUGUGUAUGUAUACAUGAAAAUACCCCGAAAACAAAUAAAACCUCUGGCAUGAAAGCGGAUGUCAAUAGACAGGUGAUAACUCAUUCGUCAGAAACGCCCAAGUCUAAACUAAAAAAGGCAAUCACACUUCUGCAUAUGUACUCGGCACUCGUUUAAUAGUAGAUUUCUUAUAGCAAUGAUUUACCAUUACACACACAGCACAAAAAUACAGUUAUUACAUAAUUACACUGAGACUAAAUACUCAAAAGGAGACUUUCACAAACCCAUUGUUAUUUCAUUCAAUUGCAAUGGAACAAAUCUCAGAAAAAUUUGAAAUGAACCAAUAACCAAGGUUAAGACUCAAAUGGAAGAUUUAUAGGAAAAUUGGUCACUUUAACAAAUAAUAUUUUCAUUAUAUCAGUGGGUAUCAGCCUAUUGAGAACAGUUUAGUAUAAUUGGAUUUGGUAAGGACAUUUACUGGAUAUGUGACGAGAUACAGAUGACAAAAUGACUAAAAGGUAGAUAUAUACAAGCACUAAAAUCGCAAGAGCAAACUUAAGGUGUCAGUGGGCUUUCACUUACAAUAUUGAAUAAAAUCAUUGUUCUUUAGCUAAAAAAACUUCUUCCUGUGCUAGUUAAAAUCGGCAACGCGUAUCACCAGACAAAGCCUCUGCACUAAUUGAUGAGCGCAGUGAGCAACCGACAUUUUUAGGAAGGCAGGGGUUGCUUGAAAUUUGAACUAAAGUGCUAUUGACAGAUAUUUAAAUAGGGAGACAUUUUUAAUAAUGUCUGGUUAAUUUCCAGACAAGGAAACUAACUACCUUUAAAAUGUCCUUGUGCACAAAUAAAGACUGAAAAUUUUUGUUAGUAUAGGCAUGUAACAUAAAAUUCUUGCUCAAGCUUAUUUACAAGUUAUGGGCGGCAAUAAUUUAAAAAUCAAACCUUGUAUCAGUCGUAUAACCAAUACAAUAGAAUAUUGCUGUACCGAUCUAAAAAUCAAUCUCUCAUUAGGCCAUAAAGCAAAUAAAAAUUGAUUGUGUUGCUUCUAAAUUGAGUGUUAAUCGAUAUUAUAUUGACAAUGACAUUUUGGGAUAAUAUUUAAUAUGUUAUGAUGAAUAUUAAAUAACUUCAUUAGGUACAUGUUGCAAUAAUAUGACAUAGAAAGCAAAGACGAUUCAUUCACUCCUGCGAAAAAGAAAAUUCAGUCAAAAUCUAAAAUCAAGAUUACAUGAUGGAAAAAUACACAAUUGAAGACACAAUGAAGGACAUCAAAAUAUUUGCUACUGCUCUCUCAAAGCAUUGACAAUGACGGUACUCAGCCACAUAUAUUUUCCAACUAGCUACUCUAUUCAACCAAUGAUAAACAAUCAUGGAGUUUACCGAUUUUCACAAUGUCUGAUUUACAUAUAAUAAAUCAGUCCAAUAUAGGUGUGACAACAAUCGAAGCAGGAAUAAAAAAGCUUACAUUCAGCAAAAAAGCUUGUGUGAUAAAAGAAAAAGUACAACCUAAAAUUCGAACCACAAUUUUUCCACAAAAAUUAGGAAAUGCCACCAAGAAAUUUGCCACUGACUAGAGAAGGCUAUAACGCAUGACAAAUGGGUGGCCACUUUUGAAGUGUGAAAGAAUAAAAAUCUACCAAAUUGUAAGGCAUAAAUACACAAAUUAAUGCUACAAAUUUAACCAUAAGCAGAGCAGUUAGGAAAACAAACAUACUUUCGCAUCCAUGUUUAAACAACACAAAUGAAAUUAGAAAAAAGUUUAUCUGACAGUAACGGUCUCUAUUGGAAGCAAGGGACAGAUAAAUUUAAAAAAAUACCAUGACAUGUAAUUCAGCAUUGUAUUGGGAGUUGAAAUUCAAAAAGUUUUGUUUCCAAGCGUUGAAAUAUUUGCUGGAUAAAAUCACACGAUUUCUGAGAAUGAGAUGGAGCAUUUGAGAGAUGUGUUAUUUUCUUUUAUUAAAAUUCAUUUGAGCUGCGUUUAGUUUUCAAAUUAAUUUGGAUAUAGUUUCAAAUCAUCAAAGAGCCAAAAAAUUGUGACAAAGAAUGUAACAUACCCUCAAUCUCAAAAGACUUAAGUGUCGGACCUUUCUAAGCAAUCAGUACUGAUUUAGUUUUGCAUUUUUAUUGAUAUCAUGAUACUAAAUUUUUUUUUUUUUAAUUUUGCAAUGAUAAUUGAUAAUGUCAUGGUGCUAAUUUACUGAAAAAUUUAUUGAAAAAAAAUCUCAACAACACCCUUAACAUACUCUUAGUUGAAGAAAAUUAUAAACUCACGAUGAGGAAGAUAUUUCAUUAGUUUAGUUCAAACGGACUGGCAAAUAUACGAAUUAUAGAGAAUUUCUAGAGCGUUUUCAUCAGUGAGGAAAUAUUUGGGCACUUUAUUACAUGAAGAUAUAGGCUCUGAGAAUGGACGUUUCUACAGUCAUCUUUAACAGCACAUGGAAUGAAUGACUGAAUUGUUUUCAUAUUUUAAAAUAGAAUGCGAUAGAAUAUAAUUUCCAUAAUUUAACUGAUUAAUGGGGUAAAACAUCCACACUUGAAUCUCAAAUGACACAAUGGAAAAUUCUGAGUCGACUCGUUUUCAAUUUGGCACGUACAGCUUAAUCAAAGAUCAAAUAAUUGGUCAUCGAUAUGGGAGGUACAAUUAUUAAUAAUGUUUAUGAAGGCAGCAAGUCUUGCAAAAAUUGGAGAAUGUUGAGUAAGUUUGCGGUAACGAGAAUAUCACAAACGCUCAGAUUUAUGUCCUGGGAAUUGUUAGUCUGUAUAGGUAAAUGUAUGUAGUAAAUAAAAACAGUAGUUGACAAAAUUCAACUGUUUCAAG